AACAUUUCAUUAUAAAUAACAGUGCUUCAGAUACACCCAGGCGGACGGGCAUCUUGCUCUGCCGAAGCUCCGCCUUCAUCUUCGGAUAGUCUUUCCUGGUAUUUGGAGGAAAUCUUGGUUGCUGGCGAUGAAAUGAAGUUUAUCCUAAACUCAAGUGGUUAAAUGUGAGAUUCAUUUUAGCAGGAGAUUGACAUUAUAAAUUUGUUACAAUUAAUAUAUUUUGAAAGAAAGCAACUCCAUUAUCUUUCGGGCACAAAAUUCAAGUCGUGAAUACACCUGCAUUAAUAAGCUUCACAGAAAACCACUGUAAUUGUGUUAGUGGAAGAGACGAUGCCAGGACCAACAAUGGAGAUGGAGCCUGUAGAACCGCAGUCGCUAAAGAAACUGAGCCUCAAAUCUCUAAAGCGAGCUCUGGAUCUUUUCUCUCCUAUCCAUGGCCAAUUCACUGCUCCUGAUCCUGAGAGCAAAAAAAUCCGCUUGAGCCACAAGAUAAGCUUUCAGUUUGGAGGAAUUAAAGCUGCAACAAGUCAACCUCCGCACCAACCUAAUCCAUCAGAUAAUAAUCACGAGGCCUCAAAGUCUUCAAGUGUUCUUGCUCUUCCAGGUCCAGAAGGUUCCAGUAAUCCACAGAUGGGAGGGGCUCAAAAUGCUUUAGUUGUUGGUCCACAGAAGGGACUAAACAAUGUUGGGCUCUCAGGCAAAAACACUGCUGUUAUUUCUGCUUCUGGAUCAUCCGAGAGAAAUUUGUCAACCUCUGCUAUAAUGGAAAGAAUCCCAAGCAAAUGGCCCCGUCCUGUGUGGCAUCCUCCAUGGAAGAAUUAUAGGGUUAUUAGUGGGCAUCUGGGAUGGGUUAGAUCUAUUGCAUUUGAUCCAAGUAAUUCAUGGUUUUGUACUGGCUCUGCAGAUCGCACCAUCAAGAUAUGGGAUGUAGGGAGUGCGAGGCUGAAGCUCACACUAACUGGACACAUUGAACAAAUACGAGGUCUUGCUGUCAGCAGCCGACACACCUACAUGUUCUCGGCUGGUGAUGACAAGCAAGUUAAAUGCUGGGAUCUUGAGCAGAACAAGGUCAUUCGGUCUUAUCAUGGUCAUUUAAGUGGUGUUUACUGCUUAGCACUGCAUCCAACACUUGACAUUUUGUUAACUGGGGGUCGUGAUUCUGUCUGCCGGGUAUGGGAUAUUCGUACAAAGAUGCAAAUUUUUGCGCUGUCUGGACAUGAUAACACUGUUUGCUCAGUAUUUACCCGACCAACGGACCCGCAAGUUGUCACUGGCUCCCAUGACUCAACCAUUAAGUUUUGGGACCUUAGAUAUGGGAAAACAAUGACAACUCUAACACACCAUAAGAAGUCUGUGCGAGCAAUGGCACUGCAUCCUAAAGAGAAUUGUUUUGCAUCUGCAUCUGCUGACAACAUUAAGAAAUUCAACCUUCCAAAGGGAGAAUUUUUACACAACAUGCUCUCUCAGCAGAAAACCAUAAUUAAUGCAAUGACAGUCAAUGAAGAGGGCGUAAUGGCUACUGGAGGUGACAACGGAAGUCUGUGGUUCUGGGAUUGGAAGAGUGGUCACAAUUUCCAACAAGCUCAAACCAUUGUACAGCCUGGUUCUUUGGAAAGUGAAGCCGGUAUAUAUGCUCUAUCAUAUGACAUCACAGGUUCAAGGCUGAUUACAUGCGAAGCAGACAAGACCAUAAAAAUGUGGAAGGAAGAUGAAACUGCCACUCCAGAAACUCAUCCUCUGAAUUUCAGACCACCUAAGGAGAUUCGGCGCUUCUAGUGCUUGCAGAAUCCUUAUUUAUCUCAGAUAGGUAAACAUUAUAUGUAUAAUUCAUCAUGUUUUUGCAACUUGUAGAAUGAAGUAAUACAGGCUAGUUGAGGAACUAAAGAGCUUUGUGGAUUUAUGACUAUUUCCAAUGGGGUAAUACUGCUGUUUGAUUUUGAUUUAGGAAAGUUGGGAGGCUUUAUCCAUAUA